GUCCCUACUUAAACAGAAGCAAACCAUUAUCAGAGCACAAGCAAGCCCACCAAACCCAUGGCUCCAUCCAUCCUCUACACCAAACUGCACACCCUUGCCCAAGCGCACGCAACCCCCCGAUCCCUCGAUCAUAUCCUCUCCAUCCGCGCCCCCAACGCCGUCCACGCCUGGGGCCACAACUACCUCGUCUCGCGCAACGCACGGCUACAAGAGCGCAUGGACAACGCAGCGUUCAAAGCACAUUUACUGUCGACGGGGAAGUACAUCUCAGCAUCGCGCUCAGUCGUGCACAGCAUUACUGUCGACGAGCACGCGCGCAGCGCGACGGUGCAUAUGAGCUAUUUCCUCUCGCCAAAGGGGUCGGAGGAGACGGUCGAGAACGAUCUGGUUUGGUUGUUGAGGUUUACGGACGAGGAGGAGGUGCCGGGCGGUGUGGAUGGCGUGCUGAUUAAAGAGAGUGUAGAGUUUGUUGAUGCGGCGGCGAGUGCGAGGUUGGGAGGAUGGAUUCGGGAGGUACAUGGGGAGCUGAGUGAGGAUGUGAGAGGUGGUAUUACGCUGAAAGAGGGGAAAUUGUGAUGAGUUGACUAUGCUAUUCUGUUGCCGUUACUGACACCGUCCGCCUAUUGAUACGUGUAGUUUGAGCCACCAUAUAAGUUUACGGCGUCCUUAAGUGUGCCCUAUAGAGGUAAACACUCACUGAAAGCCAUAAAACACAAUUUUAGUUUCGUCA